AACAAAGUCUCGAAUGCUGCAGCACUGAUUUCUUUGACAGCUAUUUCUGCAAGCUGGUCUCCUAUACAAACAUUAACUAUUGAGAUAUACCCUACAGUUGUCAGGAACAUUGGUUAUGGAUUUCAAAAUACCAUGGCGCGUGUUGGUGCUGUAAUUGGACCUCAGCUAGUCUUCCUGGAUACAAGGGUUCCAGGGAUGAUGUAUUGGAUAUGUGGAGUAUCAGCUGUUGUGUCUAUAUUCCUUCUCUGGCCAAUACCAGAGACAAUGGGAGCCGAUCUUACAGACAAGUUAACGAAUACUAAAAAGCAAUCAAACGCAAAGAAUAAAGAAACAAGAGAUUAUUGUGACCCUGAUGGAAUUGUCAGUGAAGUCAGUGAGAAGUCUGAAUCAAUACUGACAGCAACACAUCUCUAAAGUUGAAAGACUGAAUCAAUACUAACUACGACACAUCUCUAAUUUCGCAAGGCUGGAUCAAUACUAACUACGACACAUCUCUAAUGUCGCAAGGCUGGAUCAAUACUAACAAUGACACAUCUCUGAAUCAAUACUUUAAUAAAUUGCUGCUAUACGUCUUUGAUGUCACAUUCAGUAUGUACUAGAUUGUUUAAGAUGGGUAUGUUGAACUCGAAAUUGAAUGAAAUCAUAAUAUUGAAUCGCAAUAAAUUUCAAAAUUUAAAAUUGAUGACAUUUAUCUAUUUAGUUUCAUUGCCAAUAAGAACUCUCAUGACGAUGCUUCUUAUCCGUUUACAAGCCUAAUUGAAGAUUUUUUUUAGUCAUUAGUCUUUCUUUCUUAC